AUUGGGCUUUGCAUUUUACAUGAGUAAUCAUGUGAAAAAAGCAUUUUUUAUUUUAGUGAAAAAAAACAACAACUAAAAACUAUGCUUAAAAAGCAACAUGUUCUAUGUACUUGCAUUAAUUUGGCUAACACAAUCCACACAAGAAGUAUCAGCUAAAGAAUGCACUUCACAGCUACGAUUAUCAUUAAACAAGUCAAGUCUUGCAGUUCAUUGGGGAGAUAAUGUCACGGUUGACUGUGUAGCUGGUGCAGCAGCUAGUGGAACGGCUCACACGUUUUUGCAUUGGAAAAGGGAAAGAAACAAAAAUUUAACAGCAGCUCAUGCAGUAACUCUACCUGAUCUCCAUCAACAAGAUGAGAUUUGUGAUGUAGAAAGACUUCUAAUUUACAACUUUACCUCGAAAGAUAAUGGGAAAUAUAUUUGCACUAGAGAAAAUAAUCAACAAGGAUUUUCACCCAACUCAGUGGAAAUCAACAUUACCGUGUUCAAACCAUUUGCUCCUGUUGUGAAACUAAAUGUUGCCAGACAUAUCAAGAUGUUGGAACAUGAAAAAUACAAUUUAAGUUGUCGUGUAUCAGGUUCUCCAAUUCCUGUUAUUCAUUGGAUCAUUGAAAACAAAAAUGUUAUUACUUGUCAUAAGAAGAAAUAUUGUGUUGUGGAAAUUAUUGCGUUAAGAAAUGAAACGUAUGUAUGUCAUGCGGCCAAUGAACUUGGUCAACAGAAUAAAUCUGUUCAUAUCAGUGUUUUAGUGCCCCCGGAAGUUCAGCGUAGCCAUCUUGGUACUUAUGGUAAUAAGCUAACAUGCACUGUCAAAAGAUCUAUACCGGCUCCACACAUCCUAUGGCAAUAUCAGGAAUACAACUGCAGUAAAGAAAAUACACAUUGUGUCCCAGAACAUUUGUGGAAAAAUAUUUCGGGUAGUUUGUUUAAGAUAACUCCUGCUGCAGAGAAGGUUUCAUUUGUUAGCACUCUACAUAUCUCUGCAAGUCACACCAAUGCAUUUUUUCGCUGUUUUGCUUUCAACGAAGCUGGCAAUGACAGCGAUGUGAUGAGAGUUUUAUUAAAUAAAGGCAACUCUAAAUCUUCCGGACUUGAUCGGAGCGCAAUAGCGGGGAUAAUAAUUGCGGCAAUUCUACCUUGUUGUUUCAUUGUGUUUUUAAUCUUUGUAAUUCGCAAGAGGAUGCUUACAAAUAGAUAUGCUCGCUUUCUAUCUCCAUAUUCAGAUUAUCAGAUCAAAGUAGACAUUAACCUAAUGGAGCAAGGUUUACAUUUACCUUACGAUACUGCAUGGGAGUACCCCCGCAAUCAGUUAGAGUUUAUAAAAGUUCUUGGCUCGGGUGCGUUUGGUCAGGUUUGGCUUGCCCGUGCUGUUGAUAUACAAAACUGGAAUUACAAUCCUGACAUCGUAGAAAGAAAACGAAAAACAAGUUUGUACGAUUAUGUUAAGAAAACAAAUCGAAACAACAACAAAAUGAGUUAUCACGCUUUUGUAGCUGUGAAAACCUUAAAAGAUGAUGCAACUGAAAGCGAAUACAAAGAUUUAGCCUCCGAAAUCAAAGUUUUGAUACACAUUGGGAAACACAAAUGUAUUGUCAACUUGCUGGGGGCGUGCACGCGUAAUGGGAGCUUGUUUUCAAUCAUGGAAUAUUGUCCCUUUGGGGAUUUAAAGAACUUUUUGAAGUCGAAACGUCAGUGUUUUGUUCCAGAAUGGUCAAUCUCUUUGCAUGAUAAUAUUUGCGAUAGCUUUACGUUUGGUGAUGCAGCUACUAUGGUGUUUCAAAUCGCAAAGGGAAUGGAAUUUUUACAUUCUAAGAAGUUGAUCCAUCGUGAUUUGGCAUGUCGUAAUAUUCUCCUUGGAGAGCAGUACUGUGUGAAGAUUUCAGAUUUUGGUUUAGCGCGCGAUAUUUAUGAGGAUGAUAAUUACGUAAAAACUACAACGGGUUUGCUACCUGUCAAGUGGAUGAGUCCUGAAUCGCUCUUUGACAAAAUCUACAAUACUAAAACUGAUGUGUGGUCAUUUUCUAUUGUUUUAUGGGAAAUUUUCACACUUGGUGGUUCGCCCUAUCCCGGCAUACCUGUGGAAGAUUUAUUUGCUUACAUACAUAAAGGUCAUCGCAUGAGCCAACCUGAAUCGUGCCCAGAUCCAAUGUACGAGAUCAUGAUGCAAUGCUGGAAACAGGAAUCUAAAUAUAGGCCUAAUUUUACGGAGAUUGUUGCUAUGGUUGAAAAUGUAUUAAAAACAAAUGUUGGGAGCAAUCCUUACUUGCAAUUAGUGGCAGAAGAUGACUCUUUGUCAAGAUUAGAAUCAAAUCUAAAUAUCACCACUCCGGAUUCCAACAGCAAACGUGCUAAGAAAUUCUCUUUUGUUGGAUUAAUUGGUGGAUUUAUGUCUUCCAAAAGAAGUAGGCCGGUUAGUGCCGAAGAUCAGUUGUUGUCUCGACUUUCGUCAACAAAUAGUGACGUCUUUGAAAGAGCUUAAAUUACGUCAAGUCGAAGUACCUGACGACGUGGAAAAUAUACGUGCCGUCUUUUCAGUGUCGUAUAUUAUAGAUAAUAUUUUUUGCGCGUUAUGAAAUGUAUAAAUGCAUAUAGUAUGAGAGAUAUUUAUUUUACUGUA